AUGCAGGUUAUUUUGAUUGUUCUGGAGCUCUCUCUCUUUCAACCCCCGCUUAGCGAUAGCCUUGUUGAUUGGAUCAUUCAUUCAGCGAAAAUGCGACGCAGGUUUAACAAGUCCGCGGCAGCCGUGCGUGCCCGUAUGGCUCAAAAAUGCAAGGAUGAGCGACGCUUCGGUCGGGUAUUGCCGCCAGGUUGCCUCAAUCAGCCCUCUGCCGUC